ACUUUGACGAUCACCCGGGAACACAUUACAUUAAAGGUUGGGAUCUGUACUGACGAAUACAAUUUAGUUCAAAAGUCAGAGUGACUGUAUUUCGGUGAGUCUUGUCCUUUAAAUAAUCUGGAAAUUAUCAGGGAUGGCUGAGAAAUUGCUUUUAGAAGGUUACCUGAGCUGCCAUGUGUGUUCAGAGACUUUCAGAGAUCCUGUGUCUCUGAGCUGCAGCCACAACUUCUGUUCAAGCUGCCUGCAGAAAUUCUGGGAACAAGCUAAAAACAAAAACUGUCCCAUUUGUAAAAGAAAAUCUUCAAGAGAUGAACCAUCUAUAAACGUUUCUCUCAAAGAACUUGCUGACUCAUUUGCUAAGAGGCACAGUGAGAGCUUACCUCAACAAGAGGAGGAAGAGAAGGAGGAGGUGGUGUGUGAUAAAUAUCCAGACGUCCCUUACUGGUACUGUGAGGAUGAAGACAGAGCUGUGUGUCCUGUGUGUGAGUUUUCUCUCCACCAGAGUCACAAAGUGGUUCCUGUAGAAGAAGCAGUCAGUGACCUGAAGGAGCAGCUGAAAUCUGACUUAAAGUCUCUGCAGGACAAGAGGAACAAAUACAAACAAGUGGAGGAAACAUACAAUGAAGUGAUUCAACACUCCAAGAAGCAGCUGUUGUCCACAGAGAGGCAGAUCAGAGCAGAGUUCAACAAGCUCCAGCAGUUCCUGAAAGAGGAAGAGGAGUCCAGACUGGCAGCUCUGAGGGAGGAAGAGGAGCAGAAGGGGAGGACUAUCAGCAGAGAGAUGAAGAUGAUUGAGGAGCAGAUCUCCUCUCUGUCAGACAGCAUCUCUGCUGUUGAAGAAGAGCUGCAGAAACACAGCGUGCCAUUCCUCAGCAGUUAUAAAGACACUCAGAGCAGAGCCAGAGCCCAGAGCUCAGUGUCAGAUCCACAGCUGGUCUCAGGAGCACUGAUAGAUGUGGCCAAACACCUGGGCAACCUGUCCUUCAGAGUGUGGGAGAAGAUGAAGGAGAAGGUCCACUUCAGUCCUGUCAUUCUGGACCCAAACACUGCAAGUUGCUGGCUCUAUUUGUCUGAUGAUCUGACCAGUGUGACACAAGGAGACACAAAUCAGCAGCUUCCUGAUAAUCCAGAGAGAAACAAUAAGUAUGCCAAUAUUUUUGGCUCUGAGGGUUUCAGCUCAGGGAAACACAGCUGGGAGGUGGAGGUGGGAGACCAUCCUGUCUGGGUUAUAGGUUUAGCUAAAGAGUCUGUUGAGAGGAAGGGAGAGUUUUUUGUUUCACCAAAAUAUGGAAUCUGGUGUUUAUUCCAUCGCAGUGGAGAAUACAAUAAUAGUGAUGGUAAAACUGUGCGAGUGAAGAAGAGUCUCCAGAGGAUCAGAGUCCAGCUGGACUAUGACAGGGGGGAGGUGUCCUUCUAUGACCCUGAAGACAUGACUCUGAUCUGCACUCACAGAGACACUUUCACUGAGAAACUCUUCCCAUAUUUUGGUAUUGGAGAGGCAGGAGACGCCAAAACCUCUGAUAUCAAAAUCUGUGAGACUGAGAUUUCUUUGAAAACUGCAGCGAGGUUGUAAGAGUAAUAUUUUAGGAUUGUCAUUUGUACUUAGAAACAUAUAAUCAUUUAUGUUUAGAGGUAUACAAUCGUUUGUAUAUUGAUAGAAUGUCUCAUCCUUAGUAAGACUCUGUGUACCAUGAGAUUGUAAAUCAUGCCCCAAUCUCAGUAUGUUCAGCUGCCUUCCAUCGGUUUGAACUGGCUUCGCUCACGACGUUAAAAGAAUUAAUUAAUACCCAGAAAAAUUCAAACUCUUUGCUUGACACCAUCCCUUCGCGCAUAAUUAAGGAGGCGUUCGAUACUAUCGGGCCUUGUAUCCUAAUUUUAAUGAACUUAUCAUUGUCAUCUGGCUGUGUUCCGACUGCCUUUAAACAUGCAGUCGUGCAACCAGUCAUAAAGAGAUCCAGCCUUGAUCACAAUACGCUAGCGAACUACAGACCGAUUUCUAAACUUCCUUUUUUGUCAAAAAUCCUAGAGAAAAUAGUGCUUCAACAACUUCAGACUUAUCUAGAGAGAAAUGGUCUAUAUGAAAAAUUUCAGUCUGGAUUCAGACAGCGCCAUAGUACUGAAACUGCUUUAUUAAGGGUUUUCAAUGACCUGCUUCUAAUUACUGACACGGGGUGUCCCGCAAUCUUAGUCUUACUGGAUUUGACGUCAGCAUUUGACGCUGUUGACCAUGAUAUUAUCUUGACAAGGCUUGAACAAGUAGUUGGCCUUAAAGGAACUGUCCUCACAUGGUUUAAAUCCUAUUUCUCUAAUAGGUCAUUCUCAGUCAUGAUAGGAAAAUAUUCUUCCACACCUGCUCUCCUUCGUUGUGGUGUCCCCCAGGGCUCGGUGUUGGGUCCUGUGUUGUUUUCCUUGUACUUGUUGCCUUUGAGUUCCAUAUUUGCUAAACAUAAUGUCUCUUUCCAUUGUUAUGCUGACGAUAUUCAAAUUUAUCUUCAUCUGACAGGACUUGCGUCCUCCUCAUUACAUCUUCUGCUUGAUUAUUUAAGGGAUGUUAAGGAAUGGCUAUCACAAAAUUUUCUUACAUUAAACGAGAAGAAGACAGAAAUUAUUGUCUUUGACAGAGAUACAUCCCCAGGACGGCUGAAUGACAUACUUGGUCCUGCUGCUAGUCAUCUUACUGACGCUGUUAGGAACCUCGGAGUCAUUAUGGAUAGCUCAUUUAAACUAGAUAAACAGGUAUCCAGUGUGGUUAAAUCUAGCUUUCAUCAACUACGCCUAAUUUCCAAGGCUAAAUCUUAUAUUCCCUACAA